UACACCUAUGUAGCAAAAGUCUCGCGAGUCGCGAGUCAAGCCCGCGCGCCGACCAAACGGCACAUCCUCGUCUCUGUCUCUGUCUCAUGCUGCGCGCGCGAGAGUCAGCAGCGACGGCGAUCGUACCGUAUACUUUUGCGUUGCUCCGAACUGCGUGUCGCCAAUCGUCCGUCCACAAAGUUCCUGACUCUGUCGCGUAUUAUAUUCACUCGAUAUUCGUGCUUCUCUCUCUUUCUCUGUCUGUCUCUCUGUGUGUGCGUGUGUGUAUGUGUGUACUGUGUAUGUGUCGCACAGGUGAAUAUCGUAUACAGAGACUGGCCGUGGCACACGUUCAUGACUUUUACUCAUUCAGUUUUCGCGUGUCUGGCUCAUUGAACGCAACGGCGUUCGACGCGCGCCAACGCUUGACAAUCACUUGGAAUUAACAACUUUCUCGUAAUAACGGAGUUGUGCAUUCGUCGAGUGCUGGAUCGAGCGGGCGAAGCGACAAAAGUGAGCGAUAAAAAGUGCCCGACUUAUCCACUCGAUCUUUGGCACGCCUCUUUGGAUAAAAGUCAAUAGACGUGCUUUUUCAUAAUUGUGCUGUCGCAUUUGCGUCGAAUCGGCGAGCCGUGCACGAGCUGCACACGAGCUGGCUGCAUAGGCACCUCGAUCGGGCCGGAGCAACUGCACUCGACUGAUGCCUCCUGCCUGCUGCAUCGUAUACGCGCGUAGUACACGGACUGCGGAGCACGACGCGGACCAUACGCAUAUGUUCAGUAGAUUAUACGUGUGUGUGCUAAAUACAUCGGUGAGUGAGUGCGCGAUGUUGUAGCUUUUUGCUACUGCUGCUGCUUCUUCUUUCUGCUGCUCUCUGCGCACACCGGUUCAUUGCACGCCUGUGCGCUUGCUGCUGCUGCCGCUACUGCUGCUGCUACUGCAGUCUCGACCACGCACCUCGCAGCGUCGGUGCAGGUAUUAUACAUAUAUACACACGCACGCACCACACCACUCCACACAACGUAUACAGAGCGCCGUACACAAUAAGGACUCCGAAAACGUCAACGACGCUACAACCAUACACACGGGCCGUCGCUACUCUGCAACCGACUGGCUUUUAAACGUCCCACGCUCGCCUUUUACAAGCCUUAAUAAUUAUAAAUAUCGACGGCGCAUUUUAUCAAAGCUUGCAAAUGGCUGACCAUCACCGCGAUUAUUACUCCAACAACAUGGGUGGAUGCGGCGGCGGCGGUGGCGGUGGAGGAGCCGAUUUGCGAUCCAAAAACGAUGACCCGCCGAAUUCCCGGCUCUUCGUCAUCUGCCACAAAAGCCUCGAGGAGGAUGAACUGAGGCGAGCCUUCGAAAAGUUCGGCAAAAUCGAGGACAUCUGGGUGGUAAAGGAUCGCAACACUGGCGAAAAUAAAGGGGUAACCUAUAUCAAGUUUUCAAAGACGUCCGAAGCAGCAAUCGCGCUCGAAGAAAUGAACGGGAAGAUGCUGGGCAACGUGGGCAGGCCUAUCAAAGUCAUGAUCGCCUCCAAUCGAGAUCAAGGUUCCGUCCGAGAGACAAACGAAGAAGAACGUUGGGUUCGUCUCUUUUGCGUACUACCAAAGUCAAUGACUGAAAAUGAAUUGCAACAGGAAUUUCAGAAAUUUGGAGCUAUUGAAUAUGUCACAGUUGUCAAAGACAGAGCUACCAAUGAAUCCAAAGGCUUUGGUUACGUAAAAUUCAAAAAGGUUUCCAGUGCAGCUAAAGCAUUCGAAGAGUGUGACAAGAAAUACAAAGCUGUGUUCGCAGAGCCAAAAAGACCAAAAAAUGAAUCAGAACCAAAAUACACUAAUGGUAACUCUAUGAAUUAUGAUAAUUCUAAUUCAAAUUAUGGCAACAAUUACAACAAACACAGCAUUGGCAUGGAGAUAGGAGCAAAUCAUCCCAACCCUGAGGGAUACACAAAACUUCAAGUAAUUGUACACCCAGCUGUAAAUCAAGACCAAUUGUGGAGACUAUUUGACAUUGCCCCUGGUUUAGACUAUUGUCAUUAUAAAACCGAAAAUAGAUAUAGAGUAGCUAGAGGUCAAGCUACUGUAGUGUAUUCCAAUCCAGCUGCGGCUGCAUAUGCUAGAGAGAAAUUGCAUGGAUUAGAAUAUCCUCUUGGGCACAGAUUAAUUGUCAAACCAGACCUGUCGGGAGGUGUAAAGUUGAAACACGCUUUACCUAAUAAUAAUAUUCCUAGCCAAGGUGGAGUUACAGCUCCAGAUUUGGCUCGCAUAGCAGAGACAAUUGCACAGGCUACAUCGUUAAUACAAGCUGCUGGAUUCACAGCACCCAAUCACACAAUAUGUAAACUACCUCAACCUCAACCAAUGGCUAACAUUGAUGCAGAAGUAGCUAAACGAUGUUUCAUUGUCUGUGGACCUCCAGUGCCUCCAAUUUAUGCAAUGAAAGAUGCCUUCUGCAGAUUUGGAAAUUUGAUAGAUGUAUACAUGCUUCCUGGUAAAAAUUGUGGCUAUGCUAAAUAUGCGUCUGUUGACAGUGCCAACAAAGCUAUUGAGACUUUACAUGGACAAGAAAUUUGUGGUUCUCGUUUGAAGGUCCUUGAAGCUGAAGAAAGAAAUGUCAAUGAUGAUAGACGCAAACGACUCAGAACAAUGGAUGAUGGAGAUGAGCAGUAAUUGCCUUAUUAAAACACACCGACUCGUUACAAAAAAUGCAGGACGCACGUCACGAAUUGAGACAAAAUUUUUAAGACUACACACUUGACCACGUCGAGCCUGCAACUGAAAAGGAACUGCUAAUCCUACCACAACUAUUACUACUAAACUGCUACUAUCACCAUGACCAUCCUUACUUAACACUCGUUUACGUUCGCCACAUUAAUUAUUCAUAUAUUUUCUAUCAUCACCAAUAAUACUGAUAUUUACUACACUCAAAAUAUUGCCGGAUAUCACGGUCAUAACUAUUAAAUAAUAGUGCCUGUGUGAACAUAUACUUUUCGGGCGCGAAAGGUUAGUAACGUAAUAAAGAGGUAACAAAAAAUUGCAGAAAAAAAGAAAUUUUAUGUAUACAAGAAUGAAAAAAAAAACAGAUAGUAAUAUUUUAAUUAAUUGGACGCAGGAGAUUAUCGAAAGUAUUUUGAUAAUUUUUAUAAAAUACAAAACGUAUGUACAUAUAGCUAUAAAUAUAUUUGUAUUUUACUGUGUGAAUUUUUAUUAAAAAGCAAGAUUAUAGAUUUGCAUAUAUUCAUAUAUCAAUAACCAAUCGUAUAGAUAAAUUUAUAUACACUAAUUGCACUUAAUAUGUGUUGAAUAAUAUAGUCAGAUUAUAUAUUUAGUUUUAUUCAAGUUUUUAUUAAAAAUAAAUGCCACAAGUACUUUAUUAUUUUCAUACAGAAGUCGAGUAU